CUUCGGUUGGUCGUCACACCCUGGUCUCACGUUUUAUGCAGGGUUCGAGACGGCUUAGGCCUUUCCGCCCAGCCCGAGUUCCUUCUUGGGACUUAUCGAUCGUGUUGGAGGGCCUGACAGGCCAUCCCUUUAAACCGAUGGAGUCGGUGUCAGAGAAGCUCUUGACCAUCAAGACCGUUCUUUUGGUGGCUUUAUCCUCCCUUAAGAGGGUAGGGGAUCUGCAGGCUCUCUCCAUCAGUCCUUCGUGUAUGGACUUUGCCCCAGGACUGGUUAAAGUCUUUUUGCGACCUAGGCCUGAUUAUGUUCCGAAGGUCCCUUCAACUCCGUUUCGCUUUCAGCAAGUGGUCUUGGAGGCUUUUUCCCCAGCCGAAGAGGGGUCAGUUAGCCUGAAUCUCUGUCCAGUUAGGGCACUUAGGAUCUAUGUCGACCGCACGGCUCAGUGGCUUGGAUCUGACCAGUUGUUUGUGUGUUUUGGUGGUAAGAGCAGGGGUUCUGCUGUCACUAAACAGCGGAUGUCACACUGGAUAGUGGAGGCUAUUUCUUUGGCCUAUGAGGUGCGUGGCUUGACUUCGCCUCUAGGGGUGCGUGCUCAUUCUACAAGAGCAGUGGCUUCUUCUCAGGCCUUCUUUAAAGGGUCCUCGACGGAAGAUGUUUGUGCUGCGGCAGGAUGGUCCUCUCCUAGCACCUUCAUCAAGUUUUACAGUCUGGACGUGAGGAUGGCUCCUGGCUCCCGGGUCUUAUCCGCUUGAGCAGACGCUUUCCUUGGUCUUCUAGCUAUCUACGGUACGUCAGGCGUUAUGGUAUAGCGUUCCCAAAGCGAUGACGUCAUCGCAGCAUCGAAGUGAGCCUAUGAGAGGGAACAUC